AUGUAUCAGCAAACAUCACACCCGCUGGAAAUGAACUCGACCAUCUUGUGCCUUCUCGCUCUUGCUGCUGUCUGCUCGGCGUGCCCUGGACUAUUCGGAAUGGGCGGCGGUGGUGGUUGUGGAUGCGCGCCACCACCACCACCGCCACCAUCGCCAUGCGGAUGCGGCGGAAGAAAGAAGCGAUCGCUUCCAUCGAAGCCUGAAGAGUUCUUCGGAAUUGCCAGCAAUGAUGGCGAUGUUCUCUGCAACACGCCGAAGCUGAAGAAAAUUAUUGUCGAGAACAUGCAUCCAAACGCCGUCGACUCGUCGAAGUCCCUUCAAACCGCUUUGGAAGCCGAGACCCUUCAGCGUUACGUUGUCGUGUGCACUGAGACCACCUUUGUGUACACUGUCCGCGCCAAUACUGCCUACUGUGGAGCUCAUAAGAACGGCCAUUAUUGCCACGUCUUCGCUCUCUAA